UGAACAGAUGUUUUAUCUGGCCUGAUACAGCUUAUUUUUGCGUAUAUCUAUAUAUAUCUGUAUUCAAGAUACUAGCAAAAGAUUCUGUUUCUCUCCUUUAUAUUAUCUAGAAGCUGAAGACAAUGGAAAAUACCUUCUUGAUUCGGGAAUAUUGAUAUCCCACCACUAGGAUUCCCUCAUUUUUCUUUUAGAAAAUUUGAAGUUUUAAGGCGCCUGGGCGUCUUUGGCACGAAACAAGAUGUCGUCUGUUAAGGUGGCGGUACGAGUACGGCCUUUCAACAACCGAGAAAUAGGGAAGGACUGUAAAUGCAUCAUUUCUAUGGGAGGAAAUACAACAUGUAUUAUAAAUCCCAAACUUCCUCAAGGAACUAAAGAUGCCACAAAAAGUUUCAACUUUGACUAUUCCUAUUGGUCACAUGAUCACCAAGACCCAAAUUUUGCUACACAAGAACAUGUUUACAGAGACAUUGGAGAAGACAUGCUGGAUCAUUCUUUUGAAGGGUACAACGUAUGCAUUUUUGCAUACGGCCAAACAGGAGCUGGAAAAAGCUUUACCAUGAUGGGUAAACAAGAAGAGGGACAAGAAGGAAUAAUUCCCCACAUCUGUAAAGAUCUAUUCAACAGAAUAAAGAAUUCAGAUGUAGACAUGAUGUAUUCAGUGGAAGUUAGUUACAUGGAAAUAUACUGUGAACGUGUUCGAGAUCUGCUUAAUCCUAAAAAUAAAAAUAAUUUACGAGUAAGGGAACACCCUGCCCUUGGACCGUAUGUUGAAGAUCUUUCCAAACUUGCCGUUACCUCUUACGAAGAUAUUAAUCAACUCAUGGAUGAAGGCAACAAAGCCAGAACUGUAGCAGCUACAAACAUGAAUGAAACCAGUAGUCGCUCACAUGCAGUUUUCACAAUCAUUUUCACACAGAGAAGACAGGACAAGGGCACAGGAUUGGUUGCAGAAAAGGUCAGCAAAAUUAGCCUCGUUGACUUGGCAGGAAGCGAAAGGGCAGAUUCUACAGGUGCACAAGGUACAAGAUUAAAAGAAGGAGCAAAUAUCAACAAAUCACUCACUACCCUUGGAAAAGUAAUCUCUGGAUUGGCUGAAGUUGCAGCAACGAAAAAGAAGAAAAAGCAAGAUUUCAUCCCCUAUAGAGAUUCAGUAUUAACCUGGCUUCUUCGGGAAAACUUAGGUGGAAAUUCCAAGACAGCAAUGAUUGCUGCCAUUAGCCCAGCAGAUAUUAAUUUUGAUGAAACUUUGAGUACACUGAGAUAUGCUGACCGUGCCAAACAGAUUGUCUGUAAGGCAGUUAUUAAUGAGGAUGCUAAUGCUAAGCUUAUUAGAGAACUGAAGGAAGAAAUAGAGCGAUUGAAAUCAAUGUUGCGAACUGAAGGCAUUGAUAUUGAUGAAGCUGGUAAUGUGACGGCUAAUCCCGGCCGUAAUAAUGAGACGGGGAGAGCAGAUGUGAUUAACAAAAACCACACCAACUCUGUGUCCGCAGCAGGGGAGAAUGCCAUGCAACAGUUGCAAGAAUCAGAAAAACUGAUUGCUGAGCUAAAUGAAACUUGGGAAGAAAAAUUGAAAAAAACAGAGGCUAUCAGAUUGCAAAGAGAGGCUGUACUAGCUGAGAUGGGAGUAGCUUUAAGAGAAGAUGGUGGUGCUUUUGGCAUUUUUUCACCAAAAAAGACUCCUCACAUUGUGAACCUCAAUGAAGACCCACUGAUGUCAGAAUGUUUAUUAUAUUACAUCAAAGAUGGAACAACAAGAGUUGGAAGAGCAGAAGCCAAUAUACCUCAAGAUAUUAAACUUAAAGGAUCAAGAAUUUUGAACCAGCACUGUAUUUUUGAUAGCAAGGAUGGCAAUGUUACUCUGACACCCUGUGAAGGAAGUUUGUGUUAUGUCAAUGGACGACAGAUUACAGAGCAAAUACAGCUGCACACUGGAUCUCGUGUAAUUUUAGGAAAAUACCAUGUUUUUCGAUUCCAGCAUCCAGAACAAGCAGCUCGAGAAUCCCGAGAAAACAAAGAAAACAAGGACAAAUCUCCUGUUGAUACACCAGAAACUACUCAACCAGUAGACUGGUCUUUUGCUCAACUGGAACUGCUGGAAAAACAAGGAAUUGACUUGAAAGUUGAUAUGGAGAAAAAACUCGUUGCUAUAGAAGAACAGUAUAAACGAGAAAAAGAAGAAGCGGAUCAACUUUUUCAACAAGAAAGAAAGAACUAUGAGGCAAAAAUUGAAAGUCUUCAGCGACAAGUUGAGGAACAUUCCUUGAUGUCCAGUAUGUACAGUUCUUACACUCCUGAAGAUAUACCUGUGGAAGAAGAAGUGUUUGAACCAGUCUGGACAGAACGAGAUUACCAACUUGCGGCUUCGGCAUUUCAGAAGUGGAAGUAUCACCAGUUCACCUCAUUACGAGAUGACUUGUGGGGCAACGCCAUAUUUUUGAAAGAGGCGAAUGCUAUUUCUGUGGAGCUAAAGAAAAAGGUGCAGUUUCAGUUUGUUCUUCUUACUGAUACAUUGUACUCGCCACUCCCACCGGACAUGUUUCCUCUAGAGGAUAUGGAAGAUGGGCUUGACAGACCCUUGCCUCGUACAAUUGUAGCUGUGGAGGUACAAGAUACAAAGAAUGGGGCCAUUCACUAUUGGACUUUAAACAAACUAAGACAUCGACUGGAACUUAUGAGAAACAUUUACAAUGAGGACUUGUCCCCAGAAACCCCUGAAUCACAGGAUGAUUUUCUUCAGUGUCUCUCUGUUUGCGCUAAGCAGCGCUUAUCUGCAGGGCUCAACAUCAACAGUCUUAUACCUUCAAAGAACAGACAAAGACUUGAACUUAUGAGAGAAAUGUACCACAAUGAAGCCGAACUGUCGCCAACCUCACCAGAUUACAAUAUCGAGAGUAUCACUGGUGGGGAUCCCUUCUACGACCGUUUUCCAUGGUUUCGCAUGAUAGGAAGGGCCUUUGUCUAUCUGAGUAAUCUUCUUUACCCAGUACCUCUUGUUCAGAAGGUAGCCAUUGUCAACGAAAAAGGAGAUAUCAAAGGGUAUCUUCGAGUAGCAGUUCAGGCAGUAACAGAAGACGAAGAAAGUGCUGAAUGCAGCACAGGUGUACGCCAGUCUGCUCGCAUCAGUUUCAAUGAUGAAAUUUUCCAAAAAAAUAAAAAGAAUGAUAAACAAGAAGAUCCAGACUUUUCCCAUAAUGACCAAAUUCCAAACUUGUCAGAAGAAAGAAUUGUAGAGGGAGAAGGACAAGGCCCGGAGAUUGUUCGAGUAGAUGGAGAAGGUGAGAUGUCUCCAGAAAAUAAAAUAAAGCAUGAUGAUGAUGUGAAAACCCCAGAAACUCAGCUAAACGAUGAAAACCUUCCUGAUCACUUACAGCUUGGCAAACAGUUUAUUUUCCGAGUCACGGUAUUACAGGCUAUAGGAAUCUCACGAGAAUAUGCAGACAUAUUUUGUCAGUUCAACUUUCUUCACCGUCAUGAUGAAGCCUUUUCUACAGAGCCACUAAAAAAUACAGGCAAAGGACCACCUCCCGGCUUCUUCCAUGUUCAGAAUAUUACUGUGACGGUCACCAAGUCAUUCUUGGAAUACAUCCGAAGUCAGCCUAUUGUUUUUGAAGUGUUUGGUCACUAUCAGCAGCACCCUCUUCACAGAGACGCUCGAGACUCGACUUUUCAGCAGCCGUAUAUUCGUCAGCCUCCUCGCCGCAUGUUCCCCCAGUCAAUCCCCAUCUCUCAGCCUGUGAGGUCCCCCAAGUUUGGGGUUUUGCAGUCUCCAAGUACGACUCAUAUCCAUGCCAAGUAUGACCUCUUGGUUUGGUUUGAGAUCUGUGAACUUGCACCUAAUGGAGAAUAUUUUCCUGCUGUUGUUGACCACUGUGAUGAUAAUCCCUGCAAAAGUAGUUUUCUUCUCCACCAAGGUAUUCAGAGACGCAUUCGUCUCACUAUUGUACACGAACAGUGUCCCGACAUUCGCUGGAGAGAAAUAAGAGAAAUUGUUGUAGGCCGCAUUCGAGCCACUCCUGAGUGCGAGGAGGAAGACUCCGAUACAUCAGUAUUGUCGUUGGGGCUCUUCCCCGGAGAAUACUUAGAAUACCCAGGUGAUGACAGGACAUUUUACCGCUUUGAAGCAGCAUGGGACAGCUCUCUUCACAGUUCUGUGUUACUUAAUCGGGUGACACCUUACGGAGAACGUGUUUACAUGACUAUCUCUGCAUACUUAGACUUGGAGAACUGUGCCCAGCCAGCAAUAGUUACUAAGGACUUGUGCUUAAUUAUCUAUGGCAGGGAUGCACGAACUGGUCCAAGACUCAAUACGAAUGCCAGAUCGCUUCGUCACCUGUUUACUAGUGCGUACAGAAAUUCUGAUGCUAAUCAUGUAACUGGAGUAUAUGAAAUGGUUCUGAAGCGUGCAGCUGAUUCUGGAAGUCCUGGAGUUCAGCGUCGUCAAAGACGGGUGCUCGACACGUCCUCGACAUACGUCAGAGGUGAAGAAAAUCUACACGGGUGGCGCCCUCGUGGUGAUUCUCUCAUAUUUGAUCACCAGUGGGAGUUAGAAAAACUUACUCGACUGGAGGAAGUAGAGAAGGUUCGUCAUCUCCUGUUACUUCGCGAAAAGCUGGGUAUUGACCAUGGUCCUAACUAUCACCAAGAGAUCAGCAAGCUGGAGAAAGAAGCUUGUAACUUGGUAGCCAAGGCGUGUGUGGAAGGAAGUAGACCACCAGUAAACCAACCUCAGACUUUACUGUCUCCCAGUUCUCAGGGUCGAACGAUUGACGAGUCAGUAUAUGAACCGUGGGAGAUGAACGAACGGGAAAAGGAGCUCACCACCAAAUGUGUUCAUCUGAUUCAGAGUCACAUACCUUCUAAGCCUUCUCCUGCUGUCAGUACCAAAAAGGAGAAUGUUACCAGUCCUUCAGAAGAAGUUGAUGUUAUAUCAUCUGGAUCAUCUAGCCUCAACUCUAGUAUGACAUCAUCAUCAUCUCAAGAAGCAUUAACUCCAGACAAAUCACGCCUUUUCCUACCUGAGGCCCAGGACUCCUCUUACAUACCAGGACCACCAUCUGGCCUGAAGCCAAUCUCUGUCAGUUCUGCGAUGAACUAUCCACCAGGCAAACCUAUUUAUGUACCUGAAGUCGAAGAAAUCCGGGUCAGUCCAGUCGUCUCUCGUAAGGGCUAUCUGAACUGUCUGGAUGACAAGACCAAUGGUUGGGUCAAGUGCUGGGUGGUAGUCCAUCGUCCAUACGUUUUUAUAUACAAAUCAGAAAAGGAUCCUGUUGAAAGGGGCCUCAUCAAUUUAGCCACAGCACAAGUAGAAUAUAGUGAAGACCAACAGGCAAUGUUGAAGGUCCCGAACACAUUUUCUGUGGUAAGACUGGUUGUUGUGUAAAAAUCAUUCAAAACAAAAUGGUAAUUAACAAAUGAAAGAGCAACUAAGGACGUUAUCACCUUUGCAGGUCCCGAACACAUUUUCUGUGGUAAGACUGGUUGUUGUGUAAAAAUCAUUCAAAACAAAAUGGUAAUUAACAAAUGAAAGAGCAACUAAGGACGUUAUCACCUUUGCAGGUCCCGAACACAUUUUCUGUGGUAAGACUGGUUGUUGUGUAAAAAUCAUUCA